AUAAAUAUUGAAAAAAUGGCUUCAACAUCGGAUGAUGGAUUAGUCCUAAGCGGCUACCAAAAAAAACUGAAAACAAUGAAAAAGAAAUUUUUUGUUCUGUAUGAAGAAACGAACAAUGCAGCCGCACGUUUAGAAUAUUACGAUACAGAAAAAAAAUUUAUGCAAAGAGCAGAACCAAAAAGAGUUAUUUAUUUAAGUAGCUGCUUUAAUAUAAAUCCUCGUUUUGAUACAAAACACAGGUUUGUUAUUGUAUUAUCCUCAAGAGAAGGUGGAUUUGGAAUUGUGCUCGAAACUGAAAAUGAUUUACGCAAAUGGUUAGAAAAAUUAUUAUUCUUACAACGGCAUCAGGCAAAUAUAAAUGGUCUAAUGCAAUCAACAUAUGAACAUGUGUGGGAAGUUUGUAUUCAAAAAAAAGGAAUGUCUGAAAAAGUUGGAAUUACUGGAACCUAUCACUGCUGCCUAACCUCAAAAUCCCUAACAUUCGUAUGCAUAGGUCCGGAAAAAACAGCAAAUGGCGAUGCGCGAGUCUCUAGUAUUGAGAUUCUUUUGACAACAAUACGUCGGUGCGGCCAUGCAUCUCCUCAAUGCAUUUUCUACAUGGAACUUGGCCGUCAGAGUGUUUUAGGCUGUGGGGAAUUAUGGAUGGAAACAGAUAAUGCUGCUGUAGCUACAAAUAUGCAUAAUAUAAUAUUGAGCGCUAUGUCAGCCAAAACUGAGACUAACAUGAACUUUUUAAAUGUGUAUCAAGGAAGACCUGAAAUUAGUCAUGAACCAAUGAGAAAACGUUCAUCAUCGGCAAACGAAUCCUCCAAACCAAUGAACGUUAUUCAAACUCGUCAAAGCGCUGUCGAAUUGCGAAAUAGCAGUUUCUUACAUAAUAACACUUAUGGAAGAGAAAGGUGUGAUAGUUUGCCAACAAGAAAUCGAACUAUAAGCGACUGCAGCAAUCAAAUAAACCUUGGAUCAAGUCACGGGUUCCGAUCUAACACGAUUUCUGGGAACCGUCCACACUCAACUAACAAGCCUAAUAAUAGUCCACCGUUUAACACACCUUUACGAUGCUCGGAAUCUGAAGAAUCAUCAAUUAGUGUCGACGAAUCCGAUGAUAACGGAAGUUUUACGCCUUAUCGACGAAACACUAGGUCUUCCAAAGGAGCUAUUCCCGAAGAAAAUAUUGACGAUUUUGCAAGUGCUGAGCUCAGUUCAACCACUGUAAAAAAUGAGAGAGUUGACAACUAUAUUCCGAUGACGCCUAUUAAGCCCAUAAGUGAUACUGUUCAUGUUAAUGAAAUGGUGGAGUCUAAUCAUAUGUUGUUGAAAAGUGCAGGCGCUGAAAAUUUACAUUUUAACUUUCCUGAGCAUAUAUCCGAAAAACUUGUUAAAGAUCUGGAUGGAGAUUCGGAUAGUCAGUGUGAUCGUCCUAUUCGUGCUUACUCAAUAGGGAAUAAAGUUGAGUACUCAAAACUAAAACGCAUUGGAUACAUAAAUGAAACUGGAAAGAACUCGCAUCGUGUACGAGCGUAUUCCGUUGGGUCAAAGUCCAAGAUACCUCGAUGUGAUUUGCAACGUAUUGUUCUUGUGGAAAAGGAUAAAAACCAAUCUGGAACGAACGGAAGCCAUAAUAACAUUUUUACAGGCGAUUCUAAUUCAAAUGAAGUCAUUCGUUCUAGUACAAUCCGAGAAAAAAAAUCCACAAGUGCUCCUCUAUUAAGCCUUAAACAUCCAAUAAACACUGAUCGUAUGAGUGAUUUGAUGGAAAUUGACUUUUCACAAACAGCGAAAUGGGAAAAACCACAGCUCACUAAAAACAUUGACAUUCCCAAACAUAUCGAAAAUGUACUUUCAACAAGCAUUAGAAACCCUACCUUUCGAUCGGAUUUAAAUGUUACUACCGAUCAAAACUUUUUUGGGAGGCAUCAAAUUAAUAAUGCACGCACUUCAGAUGGUGGAUAUUUGGAAAUGAAACCUGUUGGUAAAGCGUUCUGUGAGUCAAAUGUGUCUUUCCUUCCAAAUAAAAUGGAAAAGCUCAAGCUAAAAGACUUUUCGGAAACACAUAUACAGGAUUCAAAUGAUAUGAGGAAAAAAGAAGAACCAUCCGUAAUUGUCGAAGAAUUGCAGAACUCUAGUUUAAAUGAAAUGGAUGUAGGAUGUCAAAAAACUGUGGAAUUGCCCUCACCCGAAAGUAAUGAGAAUCCUGGAUUAAUAAGACAACGAACCCACGUGAGUCAAGAAAUUGAAAGCAACAAGAAAACAAAACUAGACGACGGGGCAAGAGACCUAAGCUCCCCAGUCUUUGAUGAAAAGAAGUUAGUACAUUCAAUAAGCAAUGAAGAUUAUACCCAAGUUACAGGAAAAAUCAGUAAUUUCGCUAAACAAAACGAUGUUGGCUAUAAAAUUGUUCAAAUAAAAAGUGAUAGCUCACUUAUCUCAUUAAAGAACAAUCAAAAAGCCAUUCCUAAAGACGAUUCGGAGCAUAGACUAACAGAAAAUUCUAUUCUGAUAGCCGACAAAGAUCCCAGCUCAAGCACGAAAUGCAAUUUACAGCUCAAAAUAACUGGUUUAAAAAGAACAGAGGCCAGUACAAUAUCCAGAAUUCUUCCAAGCAAAAAUGUAAAUUUCCCAUCGGGUCAUCCUUCACGCAUAUCCCAGCCUGAACUUUACUACGCAAGUCUUGAUCUUCCCCAUUUUAGCGGGAAAAACACUGGAGCAUUUUUAAAAAGAGGCUCAUGUGAAUCGCCGCCUGUUGCAUUGACUUUAGAAGCAGGGAAUGCAUAUGCAAAAAUAGAUUUCGAUCAAUCCGACUCAUCUUCCUCCUCAUCGAACUUCUAUAAUAUUUAAAGUAAAUUGUUGACUAUGUGUAUUUGAUUUUUUAACAUUGUAAAUUUAUUGUACAUAUUAUUGGAAAAGCUUCAAAUUAUAGAUACUAAA